UUCAUCAUACAAAACGCAGCGUUUUAUCCCCCAAUAAAGCCAUCUUCUCGAAACCCUGAAAUCCCUAAAUCAAGAAACGCCCAAUUUCUCAAACCCUAAACCCUAAAAACACCCCCCAGAAAACCCAGGAUGGUUUGCAUAAGAAAAGCCACAAUUGAUGAUCUUUUAGCAAUGCAAGCUUGCAAUCUCUUCUGCCUCCCUGAAAACUACCAAAUGAAGUACUAUUUCUACCACAUUCUCUCCUGGCCUCAACUCCUCUACGUUGCAGAGGAUUACAAUGGCAAGAUUGUCGGCUAUGUUCUCGCCAAGAUGGAGGAAGAGACCUCUGAGUGUCAUGGCCACAUCACUUCUCUUGCUGUUCUUAGGACUCAUCGAAAACUUGGGUUGGCUACUAAGCUUAUGACUGCUGCUCAGAAUGCAAUGGAGCAGGUCUUUGGGGCUGAUUAUGUGUCUUUACAUGUUAGGAAGAGUAAUCGGGCUGCGUUUAAUUUGUAUACGGAGACUCUGGGGUAUAAGAUUCAUGAUGUGGAGGCCAAGUAUUAUGCGGAUGGCGAGGACGCGUAUGAUAUGAGGAAGGUGUUGAAGGGGAAGAAUUUUCAUGGACAUGGCGGGCAUGCCCAUCAUCAUCAUGGGCCUGGUGGGUGUUGUUCUGGUGAUCAUAAGGAGUGAUGGGUGGAGGUAAUUUUGGGGUUUCGUUGUGUUUUAUCGACUUUUGAUUCAUAAAUUUGGCGACUUGGUUGUUGUGUUUGUUUUUGAAUAUGAAUUUGGUGGAUAUUAAUGUGUAACGGUAUUUGGGUGUUCUCUAUAAACAUAAAUAUAUGUUGUUGCACUUGAGAGUUUA